AAUGCGAAGAUUUAAUGCCGGGAAAAGUAUGUAAACUGCUGCAUGAAUCAGCAUGCCAAUCUCGUUUUUUAUUGCCGAACAGAAAAUCACCAGACUAUGACUGACGUGGAGUUCAAUUGCCGCUGAUCUGAGUGUUGGAUGAAGUUAGACAGGAAAUCAGUUUUCACAAAAUAUGGUGGAAGAAACGGAAACAGAUUUCGGUGAUUUCUCCACAAUAAUGUCGCAGACUCCGGAAAAGUGGAAACAGCUGGUACGCCGGACGAAUUACAACAAAAACCCCAAUCCAUCACUUUUGACAUUGGGCAUUAAUCAGCGCUCACUACGGCCAGCUGACUGUUUACCAUUGCUGAAAAAUCCAACACUCCACAAUUACCGGCUUCUGCGCGACUUUCUCCGCAAUGGCGAUCAUGUUUGGAUGGAGGAUUUCUUGGCGCGCGAAGGUCUGAUUAUGUUGUUGACUGCCUUGGAGGAGUUAAGUGUGCAUCUCAGUCGAUUGGAAGAUGUUAUGGUAUUGCUGGAGAAUAUAAGCUGUAUCAGGGAAGUUUUAAAUUCCGAACCCGGGAUCGAAUAUAUUGUCAGGCAUAAAUACGACCGUACCGCUCUGCAGUUGGCCAAAGCCUUGUCAUCUGAGAAUAUUCCCGUCAAACACCAAGUCUACGAACUUCUCAGUGCAUUGAGUGCUUAUUCUCCAAACGGGUUCCGAUUAGCCUACAAAUGCUUGAAAAGCUGCCAGGAAUCUCGCAAAACAUCUCAGUUGUUUUACCAAGUGGUGGCGGAUUUACGAAAAUAUGCAGAUGAUGAAACUAAAUUCGCUUACAAAGCUUCACUGCUAGCCUUUGUGAACUGUAUGAUGACUUUCUGUGACGGAACAAAGCGCGAAGAAAUUCUUCGGGAGCUGGACUGCAGUUUCUUUUUUGAAACCCUUUGCCGGCUUUUUACGGACGACCAUUCUGCCGUGCAGCUGCAAAUCGACGGCAUUUUAAAAAAUUUAGAAGAAUUCGAUAGCAAACGAUCUUCGUGCAUGUCUAUACAUAAAGCUGUGGGCCAAAUGCUAGCGACAAAAGAAGGCGAGCAACGAAGAAAGGUCACGGAGACGUUACAACAUUUGGCGGAAAUCUUUAUCACUAUGGAUUCCGAUAAAUGCUUUACCAUCUUGGAGAAACUGGAUGCGGCUUUAUCCAGACUGGCGGCUUUAUCGGGAGUAGUUGCCACAACCAAUGACCAUAGUUCCGUUGUCAACCAGGCAACCAGUCCUGUUGUUUUUCCUGAAUCUACUGCAACAGGUUUUGUUGUGGGUAUUCCUGAAACGACACAUUCAUUGCCAACGGAGAACAGUGAGACGUUGCCGAAGCCCACCGUAUCAUGUCCGCCUCCUCCCCCGCCACCACCUCCACCUGCGGCCCUGUCGUUGUCGGCUAUCCGGAAAGUACAACCUAGCCAGAGUGUCCCGCUUCCUCCUCCCCCGCCUCCCAUUAGCAGCCAUGACAUCAACCGAAAUGGACCAGUGCCACCUAUCCCACCGCCACCGCCGUCACCACAUGGUCAAAAUGCGGCUCCAGUUCCGCCACCGCCGCCCUCAGUCAAACUGAGUAAUGGACUUCCGCCGCUGGCUUCGGCAUUGCAAGGCGGCAUCCCCCGCUCGGGAACAUGGAAUGGGACGGAUGCCAAAAAGAUCCCGCAACAUCUGCUGAAGCCGUUGCGCUGGAAUAAGGUUUUCGCUCCUGUGGAGAAAUUGUCGCACUCCAUCUGGAGACAAACAUCUAUAGAUGAAACCUUGUCUGUCGAUAUGGAUCAGCUGAAAGCGCUGUUCAAGGAUAGCGAUGAGCGACGAGGAUCGGUUAUGGGACCAAUGAUCAAAUCCUCUUCGCACGUUGAACUGAUUGAUUCCAAGCGGAGUUUGAAAGUUAACAUUUGCCUGAAGAAAUUCAAAGAUAUCAGUAUGAAGGAACUUGUGGGCUACAUUGACCGCCUGGAUGUGAGCCAUUUUGAUCUGGAUGACCUGACGGGCUUGAUGGGCAUUCUGCCAACACCGGAAGAGGUGGAAGUGUUCAAAGAUUACACCGGCAAUGUAGAUGAGUUGGAUAGUGCUGAAGCGUUUUUCUACUGGAUCGUAAAGAUGCCGGACUUUUUCCUCCACGUCGAGCUGAUGUUAUGUUCCAAAGAAUUUCCUGUUCAAGCCAAAACACUGAUCAAAGAGUUCAAUGAUCUGAAAGAAUGCUGUGAUUUGAUCUUGAAGUCCAAAUCAUUCCGGAAUUUCUUGCAUUAUGUCUUGCAAGUCGGCAACGUUCUGAACUCGGGUCGGACAUUAGGUGAAGCUAAAGCCGUCAAAUUGGAUGGAUUGCUAAAGCUAGUCGAAACUGCCAGUAACGAGCCAAAAGUAUCUUUGCUCCAUUUCAUCGUCAAAGAAAUUCAAAAGCAACACUCGGAUGCGUUGGAUUUCAUCGACACUUUUGAGCCGCUUGGAAAAUCUGCUGGGUUAGAAUUUGCUGUGUUGCAAGCCGAAUGUCAGGCAUUAUUAUCGCGCUAUGACGAUCUGCAUAAGCGUCUCGGCACGGCGACGGAGAGUUUACAAAAUCUUGUGGCCAACACCCUAAAAGACCCCAAAACAUUAACUUUUUCUCUAAAAUCCUCCCGCGAUGCGCUACUGGUUAGCAUCAAAAAGGUGGCCGAUUAUUUCGUCGAAGAUCUAGCGCAGUUCAAGAUUGAGGAAUGCUUUAAAAGUGUCAGCGUUUUCGUCAAACAGAUCAACGGAGUGAUUAAGGAGUUUGACGAUAAGGAGAAAGAGCAAAUACACGCAAAAGAAAAGGCUGAAUCAGAAUCCAAGCCGAAAAUUUCCAAAGUCGGAAUCCGUUUGCCAGGAAUUUCAACACUGCCGAGAAAUUUUGGUGGACUGAGGAAUACAGAAAUUGCAGUGGACAGAACAGAUGAUCUGGAUGCGCGCAUUGUGGACCAGUUGACCAAAGCAAUCAACAGCGGAGAUCCAUUGCGGCGCCUGCGCCGCCGAUCUUGAAGCGAUUUUCUCACUUUUUAAAGACAUAGCUAUCCCGACGGUUUUAUUGCUAGUAGCACAUUCUUGGCAAAAACAUUGCAGCUGCGCUGGCUCGAAUGUUCCGUAAUCUCACUACCUGGUUGAGUCGUUGAUCAUGAGAAAUUUUGCUUGAAUUGUUACAAAUAAUUUUUCACAAAGUUUACUAAUACACCUGUGUUGGUGGAGUCGAAUUGCUUGAUCAUUUAUUUGAUCGGUUACUGCAGAAAAUAGCAGCAAAAGUUUUUUUAUCUCUGUGGCAGUACAUGCGAACUAGACCGUAAAAAAUUAUUAAAUUUAACACGGAUAGCACAA